GGUGUGACUCAAACUUCUGUAUUAUUCUGAGUGGAGCAUAGCUAAACGGGGCCAGCCAGGUUUGGGAUCAUCUUGUAGUAAGAACCUACACCGUGCUAGGCUAAGGGGAUCUAUGCGACCUCCACAGAACACUUGGAGAGAAAAGACAUAACAAAAUUCUACCGUCAGUUACUUGGUAUACAAAUUCCCAACUCACUGAUUCCAAAAUGGAAGUGAGAUCCACCACCCAGCCUCCACCCUCCUUCUUCUCUCUCUCCUCGUCUCCCAAUUCCAGCACCAACUGCAGUACCCUGUAUGCCCACCGGGAGUAUUCUAGAGUUCUCAUCCCUCUGUUCUACAUCAUUGUCUUCAUUGUGGGCUUGCUGGGCAACACGUUGGCACUGCACGUCAUCCGGCAAAACCUGAAAAAGAUGAACUCCACAACUCUUUACUCCCUGAAUCUGGUGGUGUCUGACAUCCUGUUCACCCUGUCCCUGCCUCUGCGCAUCAUCUACUAUGCCCUGGGCUUCCACUGGCCAAUGGGAGAGCCCCUCUGCAAGUUCACAGGCCUCCUGUUCUACAUUAACACCUACGCCGGCGUCAACUUCAUGACCUGCCUCAGCGUGGACCGCUUCAUCGCCGUGGUGCUGCCACUGCGGUUCUCCCGCUUCCGCAAGGUCAGCAACGUGCGCUACAUCUGCGUGGCGGUGUGGGCGGUGGUUCUGAUGCAGACGCUGCCCCUCCUCUCCAUGCCCAUGACCCAUACAGAACCGGACAACUACAUCACCUGCAUGGAGUAUCCCAACUUCGAGAAGGUGCCCAACAUCGCCUACAUGCUAAUUGGCGCCGUGUUCCUAGGUUACGGCAUCCCCGUGGUAACCAUCCUGGUGUGCUACUCGAUCCUGUGUUUCAAGCUCCGUCUGACGGCCCGGUCCAAUCACCUGACCGAUAAGUCGGGUCGGAGCCGCAAGGCCAUCGGCGUGAUCUGCUGCGUGUCGCUGGUGUUCGUGGUGUGUUUCAGCCCCUACCACAUCGACCUGCUGCAGUACAUGGUCCGCAAGCUGGUCUCCGAGCCGGACUGUGCGGAACUCACGGCCUUCCAGGUGUCGUUGCACUUCACCGUGUGUUUGAUGAACCUCAACUCUUGCUUGGACCCCUUCAUCUACUUCUUUGCCUGCAAGGGCUACAAGAGGAAAGUCCUGAAACUGCUCAAGAGACAGGUGAGCGUGUCCUUCUCCAGCGCCGUCCGAACCUCGCCCGAGGGCUCGUCACGGGACAUGAUCGACGGCAACAAGAUUCACCUCGCAUCUUCCAGGUACAACCCGUGAAGGGGGACAGCGAGAGGGGGACAGAGGAGAGGCAUGAGGGGGAGAGGAGAGGUCCGGGUGGCGCUGCACUACUCAUUUGACCCGACUGAAAGGAGUCGUUUUACACUUUUGCUCAAUGUGGUGUUGAAGUGUGAGGAAAACGAGACAGUAUUCAUCAGGCACCAUCAGCCAGACUGAUGGCCAUGUUACUUGUCUGAUUCAACAAAGCCACGACAUUGCAUCAUCCAGAAAAAUAUGGUAUGAAGGCAUACUAUGGGGGAAGCAUACUAGCAUGUUGUCAUUAGUCCUCAUCAGGUCCCUCUGGUGGAGAGUAGAGCCGAGGUGACAUAAACUGAAAUCAAACGGAGGAUUGUUCCUCUUACAGUUUGAGAAGACACAAUCUAAUUUUAAUAAACAUGUUGUCUGUACUGUACCAAUAGCAGGAGAAAAUUAUGAUUUCAGAUGAUUUCAUUUGUGGAAUUCUUUUCAAACAUUGAGACUAUCUGUAGUGUUCCCCUCAUGUACAUAUUGUUGUUGCACAGUUGUUUAUGAUGUAAAGCUUGUGAAUGGACCUUCUUUUUGCAAGAGUGUUCAAGGGCCAUUCCUGUUGUCAUUGCAUUUCUAAUAAAUAUUUC